ACACGUAGUUUACUAGCCCUGAACCGCCAUCCCCAGAACCAAACAAACAAGCCGCCACAAUCCGCGCGGUACAGUGGGAGCAUUAUUUGCUUUAAUAGUGGUUCAUUGUAAUAGUGAUGACUGAUCUAAUGAAGCGAACAGUGUAGUGACUGCAUGCAAGAUUUAAUGAAUACAGCCUGAGUAAAUCAAGAUGUCGUAUAAGUCAAUUCCAGGUGUAAGAAUCGUACUUGAUUUGGAAUUGUUCUUUAAAGAUAAACGAAGGAAAUGUUACCAUUUCAUAGAUUUCUCCAGGAAUAAAAUAGUUCGUGACGUAUGCAAUGACAUUAAAUCAACUUUUGAUUUGAAUACAGAUAUUUUUCUGGAAAUAAAUCAGUGCUAUAUACCUAAAGAACAAGAUGUUCGGAUUUUAUACAAUGAAGAUGUGGUCAGAGUUAUCGGUCCUGAUAGAUGUGCCAUGAACGUCCAAAAUGAACAUAAUGGGCAAAGGCAUAUUUUUCGGGAUCCUGACAUUUUUACAAAAUCAUGGAAUGAUCAAAUAAAUGAAGGAAUGGAUAACCCUGCAGAAAAUGAAAGUGAUGAAAAUAUAAUUGUAUCUAAGCCAAAGAAAAGAAAAAAGUCAAGAUCUACAGAUGAAACUAAAGAGAAACAAAUAUUUAAAGAAGUCAUGAAAGAAAGUAAAAAUCUUAGGAAGAAAAGAAAAUCUGAGAAUGAAUAUAACAUUAAGUCACAUUCUGAUGUACCUAUUAAUAAGACUUCAAUUGUUGCAAAUUUUGAUACAAAUUUGCACUAUAAUAUUCCUACUGAACACAAAAUGCGCUCGCAAGAGAAUGAAACAGAACCUGAUACUUUGAAUAACAGUACAACUGUACUUACUAAUUUUACAUCCAGGGAUGCAGUUACUGAGAUAUGUGAUGAUACUGAAGAAGUGUCACUCUCUGCAUUAAAGCCUGAGAAGAAAGCAGUUGGAAAUGUGUGUAAUAGUACUGUAGAAUUACCGAGUGAACAGACUCUCAAGGUAGAUCCAGAGGGAAGUCCUUGUGUUCCAUCUGCAUCUAUUAAAACAAAUAUUCAUAAUGGUGAAAGGCAAGACCUAUUACAUAACAAUAGAGAUGCAGAAGAAAGCGAGCAUGUGGAUAAUGGUUCUUGUAAAAAGAGGAGACGUCGGAAGCGUUGUAAGCCUUCAAGAUCCGAUCGCAAUUGCUUUGAGCAACAUGUAACAGAGUUUCCUAUUUACACAAAAAGCUCUUUUAAGGCCCCAAAGCACAUAAAAUUUGAAGAUGAAGAAGAAGAAGAAGAAGAUAAAAAUUCCAAUAAUAAUACAAAACUUGAUGUUUCUGAAAAUAAUGCAUUGGACAAUUGUGUUUCAGUUCAACCCUCUGAAGAAACAGAUCUCUCGAAUACAAUUAAUAGAAGUUCUACAAAGAAUGAAUAUAACAUGAAGUCAAAUUCUGAUGUUCCAAUUAAUAAUAAUUCUAAUAAUUUUGUUAUCCAAACUAGUACCACGCCUAUGAUUUUUGAGUGUAAAAGAACAAACAGAAUAUCAAAUAAUCAGUCUGAGAGCAAAGAGACUGAAACAGAUUUUUCAAAAUAUCCUCUAUUAAAGGAUGCUCCAAGAGUAAAUGAUAUCAUUGCAUUUAGGAAGUUGAAAAUGGGCUCUGAUUACUGCCCUAGUAUAUCUCAUUACAUUAGUGCAAAAGUUUUGAAAAUGUCUGAAAAUGACAGCACAAUUAUGUUAAGAAUACUCAAUGGAUAUGACGAAUUGAAAGAACCCAAAGGUAAAUUUUCUUUAGAAGAGGAAAAUGAGGUUGAUGGUUGUGAUGGGAAAAUAGUAAAUGACAUAGAAAUGAAUCUCCCUGAAUUACUGGAUACAAGGUUAUUGUUUCCCUGAAACAUAAUUGAAUUCCUUUAAGAAUAUAACUAUAUUUCAAAUAAUGUAUUUCCUUGUAAUUCAAUGUAUUAUAAGAAUUUAUCAAGUAUAAAAAUUUGUAUUUGUUAAUAAAUCUUCUUGAAAUAAGUUUUGUUUAAUUAAUAAUUGUUAGUGUGGGCUAUAGUUGAGGAACUUUAGUUCACUGUUGUAAACAGAAAUUGAUAUUUUUUGUCUGCAGUUAUUUUUCAUGUUCUAUUGUUAUUGGCACCAGCCAUGAAAUUUUAAUCCUGUUGUUGGAAGUGACAGAAUGUGUUUUUGAAAAUGAUGAAUACUCAGAACAGUUCUGGAGUUUCUCCAUUAUCUUGACCAAAUUGUGAAACAAAAAUUGGGAAUAUAACUAUAAAUUGUUAAUUUUUGUUUUGAUGCAGAGAUACUACUCGUGCAACUUUUCUUGAACAAUGACCUUGCUUCCCCCUCUCUAGCUCUGGAGGCAAAAGCUCGCAGAAAGUACGGAUGACAACAUUCCAAAAACAUCUUCACUGGCGUGAAUAGAAACUUAUUUUCUCUUGAAGACGAGAAAUUCUGUUCAUGAUUUUCUUCAACAAAUCUAAAGAAACGACCAAAGCAUGUGAAGAUGCAUCUCAAGAGAUACAUUGCACUCCUGAGAAAAUUAGAACACUAAUUGUUGACAAAGUUGCAAAGGCAUUACUGAUUCUCCAGAGAUUGCUAUUGCUUCAUAAAAUGUAGUGGUUGAUUACGUAACUAAACCCCCACUCUAUCAGAAUUUCUUCAAUGUAUCAUUCAAGAAAAGUUGUGUGAGUAAUAUUUGAGGUGUCAUCUACAAAUGUGAUCCUAAGUUGGAUCUGCAUAGAACCCCUGAAGAAAAUACAACUAUUAUCCUUUGCUUACCAAUAAAAAUUUUGGCUUA